AUGGCAGAUGGCCCUGUGCAACCUCCGGCUGCGCUGAAGUCGUUGGAGAAGGACUACAGGGUUAAGGCCACCGAGAUUGAAGCAGUCUUUGAAAAACUAGUCCAACUUCUUAGCGCCAAAGAAGCAGAAUGUGAGAAUCUCAAGUACGAUCUUGAGGAUCAGACUGAAUCUCGAAGACAAUGGCACAAGCGGGCGACGGAAGCCGAAUCUCGAUUGUCGAGCGUUCAACAUGUCAUGGUCCUCUUCGACGGAAAUCACCACUUUUUCAAGCCAAACCUUGUAAGAGCAGGAAUAGAGGGGGCAAAAUCAGCUAUCGACACUCUCGUGACUGAAGCCAAAGCGUUCGCCCGCGCGCAGCACAAGAAUGACCUGCCCGACCACCUUUCGGUAGUAGUGCACAUCUUCAUCGACGUUGGAAAGCUAGCCGACGAUCUCUCAACCGCUGGCUUGCUUCCCGACCCUGAUCAGCUCUGGACUUUCAUUCAAGAUGCCGGCAAACUGGAGACAGGUGUCACAAUCUCCGAUUGUGGUGCUGGUCAUCAGGCUGUUGAUGCAAAGAUGAAGUACUUUUACGAACUGUAUCUCGAAAACUGCCACUGCAGACAUCUUUUCCUGGCCUUGAAUCGCCAAUCGGAAUACUACAAGAUUCUUGAGACUUACGCCGACGAUGACUACACGAGGUCGAAGACAUCUCUCGUUCGGCUGGGCGGAGGGAUGGUCAAUGGCUACAACCUCCCGUUCCACACAGUUGACUUCUCUGUCAUUGAGGGCGUUCCUCAACAGGCCGCGUCUAUCCCUGUGACCAGUACGCAGGCUAAUGGGACAGCCAACGGCCAUGUGCCAGCUCGACAGAACGGGGACAUGAAUGUGCGGCGACUGCCAAACCAACUUGACCACUCGCAGCCGUUACGACAACCAGCUCUGCCCUCCCAUUCCAACGCCCCUUUGUCCAACUCCGAGAGUUCGACGAGUCAGACCAAGAACCAUAGCCAGAAGCUAUCCACCACUGCGAAGCAGUGGUCUACGGCUCCGCUCUCCCGACCCGCCGCCGCCCUUUCAUCCGGCCCUGACAAUCCGACUGAUGGGAGCAUGGACAACAUGCAGAAGCUAUCCGCUUCAAGCUCGCAAAAGUCUACAAAAUCACAUGUCGAGGUGAACGGCGACGGGAACAAACUGGACAGCUCAAGUUCAGUCGGAGUUGUUAAGCUCGACACGUCUUCACACUCUUCUCGUCAAUCGAAGGCUGCAGGGCAGAGCUGGGAGAGUGCGACAACUAACAGUUACGCACCACCCCCCAUUGCCGAUCCGUGGGGAGAGGAAAAGAAACAAGCUGAACAAGUUGUGGAUGACGAGCCUGUUUUGUGGAGAAGGCAAAACAAUGGUCACAAUAGGAGACAAAAGCAAGGCCACCGGAAGCAAGACCGUUCCUUCAACGCUCAGCCGAAACAGACUCCUCGGCAGUUUGAAGGGUCGUGGGAUGAGAUGGUCCAAAGCGAGCAGUCCAAAGUACCAACUCAAGUAUCAUCGCCCUCACCGGCGCCAGCGAGCGCGUCCCUCUUGUCGGCGGCAGCCAGAUCGAACGACUUUUCGCCGACAUUUUCACGUCAGGCUGUGACGAAACCCGACCCGGGCCCCCUCGCACGCCCGAUUUGCUCUCCCGUCGCAUUGAACCAGCUGGGACAGCGCAUUGACUUGAAACUUCCGCGUCAGACACCAUCUGAGCAUGAAGCUUUCGAACUGCGUGUAAACAACCGACCAUUGUGCAACGAGCAUCACAUGCGAAACGAUUGUAGCGAUGCAAGGUGUCCAUUCGACCACGAGAAGAUUUCAGACAGUAUUUAUCUUGGAUUGCGAAACAUAGCUCGCACGACGCCGUGCGAUCAAGGUGCCGACUGCCGACGUCACGAUUGCUAUUCAGGGCAUCAUUGUCCAAACAAUUCGAACUUGUCCAGAUGCUCCAGGUACACGUGUCCAUUCGGAAAGAAGGGGCUUCAUUCGACUAUCGACCUGGAAAUUGUCGAUACGAUUCAACCGCCGGUCAAGAAGACUCGAGAAGAAGAGCAAUCGCUUAUGUGA